AUGGCAACCGUAACCUUGACCGAAACUCAUGUGAACCGACCAGAAGCAUCAGCAGACUCUUACACAACCAAAACAACAGCGGAAACCAUGAAUUCAUCGAUGAUAUCAGGAGAGCCCAUGGAGAGUUCAAUAGCAAGGGCAAUAAAAGGUCGCAAGAGCAUGGAUGAGUAUAUAAGACCAGUCCUCGACCUACAGAACCCAUAUGAUGAAUCGCCACCUAAUUACAGGACUGAUAAGUACACAAUUACAAAGGAAGAGGAAAUCAAGCGCCCAGUGGUAAUCGAUGAGGCAGCAUGCCUUAUACGGGAUACUUAUUUGCGACCAAAAAAUCAUGGCCGUAGAUAUGGAGAGGUCCAGGUCAUGUUUUACAAGUUCAACGUUAUACAAGCAGACGAUAUAGAUCUUGAAGACGUUGAGGACAUAGAGGAUGAUGACGACUAUUCCUCUGAUAAUACGGCGAAGAGAGAGGAAAUCGAGAGGAACAACAGGAAACAAUCAGAAGAGCUAAGAAGGAGGUGUCUGGUUCAGGCUGCUAAAGCGAAGGGGGACAGUUACGAGGUCAUCCCGUUGCAGUAUCUAUAUGAGAAAUUAUCGGGACUUAAGAUCAUAGAGUUUCCUGCUUGCUUUUAUGCCACAGAGUUCUUGGAAACAAUGCAGAGCCACACAAACCGCUGUAACUUCACUGAGGUGGACCCACAAAUUGUCCUGAGGUCAAGGAAUUUGCGUUUCAACAAACAAAUUCCUGGUUUUAAAACAGGCAUCUCCUUGCGUGCAACUAGCGACGAAAGUGAUAAUGAUUAUCUGACACUUCUUACUGCUAUGCCAUAUUUCGGAAAACUUCCUAAAAUGAAGUUUUUACGCGAAGCCAGUCUUUCUCCGGGCAAUGCGCCCUCGUAUCUGACAGAGUACCGUCCGGUGAAGGGGCGAGAAUCGUGGCGGCGGGAGAGCCUGAGCUUGGCAGAAUAUAGAUUUCUAAGUCCAGGCGCCGAGAAAGAGUCUAAAAGACAGGAGAGAAUUAAAUAUGAUCUGAAGGAAGAGCGUUAUGUCGAUCAGGAUGUUCUUAUUCACCAGGCGUGGUUUAUGGUCAUUGAUAAUUAUACCAUAGGAAUCUUCAAGUCUGCAGAUGAUCAACUCUCAGACUUAUACCCACAGCCACCACUAUACCCACACCAGGAGAAAAUUGGAGCGUUUAACGCACUGGUACAUACAAUAUCGAAUACUCUAGAACGUUCAGAAAACAUAGUCCUUGAUACCUACCGAGCCAAGAUUUCUGAGCUAGAAUUCUGUUAUCAAUCACUUAUUAACAAAGAUAUGGAUGACCUAGCCAGAGCAGUCGAGAAAGUUGCAAUCCAAAUCAGUACCAUCAAUAGCGUGGUUCAAUCUCAGAUACAGAUUCUCAAAGAUCUACGAGAAAUCUUUCGCCUUAGCAUUGGUUUAGCAAGUAGGCGGCCCCAGGGAGCCAACUUGCAAAUACCAAUUAUGUCGGAUCAAAAAGAACAAGUCCGUGCAGCCGAGCGAAGCCUAAGCUUUGUUAUCAAAGAUCGAUAUAGAUUUUCUAAGACACUUGAUGCCUUGAGCAAGGAUGUAAAAUCUUUGUCGGGAUCCUUGGCAGUAAGAGGAACUCAGACAGCGAUCGCGCGACAAAACACCACUAUGUCAACACUUGCACUUAUUUCAACGUUAUUUUUUCCGUUGGGAUUCUUUACUUCGUACGUCACAUUAGAUGCUGCCAAAACCGUAGUCAGGACACAGUCCAAGUUCUUGAGAUUGCCUGGACCAAUCGCUGCGGUUUUCAUAGUUGCAACUCUAGCAGUCAUCGCUCACAAAAACGGCCUCACUGACUCUUUUAUGAAAAGGCUUAUGAUGUUGCGAUUGAAGCUGAGAAACUACCUCCUAAAAAUACUUAUGAAGAAGAGGAUGCGACCACAGCAGCAUCGCAAAAGUGGACAGAAUGGUGCGAUCUAG